AUGGCGCGGCGGCGGGGCUGGCCGCUGAGCUACGCGCUGCUGGGCGCGCAGGCCGCGCUGCUCGUGGCCAACGUGCUGCUGGGCGCGGCGCGGAGCCAGCCCCGCAACGACAGCGACACCGGCGGCGACACCGGCACCGGUACCGGCACCGGCGGCGACACGGGCGGCGAGGGCGAGCCGCCCGCCGCCUGGUCCUACGGCGACCCGCGCGCGCCGCUCGUGCUCUGCACCUACCUGCCCGACGAGUUCGUGGAGUGCGAGGAUCCCGUGGACCACGGCGGGAACGCCACGGCGCAGCAGGAGCUGGGCCACGGCUGCGUGAAGCUCGGCGGCCAGGCCUACGGCGACGUGGAGCACACGCGGGUGCAGUGCCGGGCGCUGGACGGCAUCGAGUGCGCCGAGCCGCGGAGCUUCCUGCGCGGCAGCCGGCCCUGCCUCAAGUACACGGGGCACUACUUCAUCACCACGUUGCUCUACUCGUUUUUCCUGGGCUGCUUCGGCGUCGACCGCUUCUGCCUGGGCCACACGGGCACGGCCGUGGGGAAGCUGCUGACGCUCGGCGGCCUCGGCAUCUGGUGGUUCGUGGACCUCAUCCUGCUCAUCACCGGCGGCCUCAUGCCCAGCGACGGCAGCAACUGGUGCACGGUGUAUUGAGAGGGGCCGAGGCUCGGCGCCGGGAGACGGGAUGGGCCCCGAGGACGCCCGGAGCGGCUCCGCGGGACUGGAGACGGACUUCGGCAUCUGCCCUUAGCACUGAGCAGGCUUCUCUCAGUGCUGCUGCCAGGUACAGACAGGGGUUUUCAGAGGCGAGCGUCAAUUUGCAGAGCAAAUUUCCAGCCGAUUCUCCUGCAUAUACCUUGGGUUUCAUUUCCACGUUGAGCAUAUCUGUGUAUCUUGUUCAAAACAAUCUGGGAUGUUUUCCCCUUCAGCGGGUAACGCUGUAAAAAUCCGGCCUUACGAUCACAAAUCUUAAAAUAAAAGUGUGGAAAGAGAGAGCUCUUCCUGAACUUAGCUCCUGUAAUGGUUUAAGCACGUGGCUCCACUUACUCUCAGUAUUAGAGCACACGCAGCCAAAUAAGAGAUGCAGCUAGAGGGGGAAGGAAGGCCACUGGCCUGUGGUUUUGUGCUACUAGACUAAAAAAGCCCUUGCAGUUCUAUCACUGAGCUGUAUUACAGAGCCCUCGGGGCAAAAUGAUAAGCUCUAAUUGCAAGUGGCUUAUGACAAUAUUCACUGCAAGCAGGACAGCUGGACUAGAUAGUUUAGCAGAGGCAGCUUCCUUUAGGAGAACAUAAAUUUUGAGUCUUGCUGGGCUGGCCCAGUGCAGGGAAUACAGCUGCAGUUCAGGCUCCGUGAAAGAAGCUCUGAUUCCUGUUUGGGAUUUUCAAGCAUCAUCCGCGGACGCUGCAGCCGUUCCCAAGUUGUACGUGGGCAACGCUACAAAGCAAUCUUCAGCUCUAGCCCAAUUUAGCUGAGCGAACAGUGCUAGUAAAAGGAGACUCUUCAUUUGGAAUUACAGCCGAGAGGCAUCUUCAUUUCUUUGGCAAACCACAACUGAAAAGACACUCUUUUGGGUUUGCUUGCUUGUUUCUUCAUGGCUUCACUUGCAUCCUCAGCAGAAGCAACUGCUUUCCCAUUAAUGGCAAUAAUUACAGCGUCUUCUCAUACCAGAACUGCAGUGAAACCAGACGCUUUGUGACAGAGGAGGGAAAAUCUUUCACUUCUGCACAGCCAAAGCCAGUUCUUUCUGUGGCCACAGUGUGGCAGUUUCACAGUGACCUACUCCCUACGACUAUAAUUGGACCGUCUACAUUCAAGUUAGUAGUAACUGUAAGUUGAUCCUCAGGAAUUGCAAGAUUCCUGAUCAUGCAAGCCUUAGUUUCAUUUAAAAUCUAUUUUGAUGAUCUUUGCUUAGAUAACAUUUGCUUUUCGAAAGGUAUUUCACCAGAACGCCCGCAGCAACGGGCUGUAUAGCUUUUCCCUGCUGUUAAAUAUUCAUAUCCUUUAAAACAGUGACAAACGUGUGUGUUUUACUCUGUCAGGCAGGUUGCAGAUGCUAGUAGUGUUCUUAGGUGAAACAGAGCAACUGGGCACCCAGAGUUAGGGAUUCUGCAGAUGCUAAUAGUGUUCUUAGGUGAAACGGAGCAACUUGGCACCUAAAGAGUUAGGGAUUCUGCACAUAUU